GAAACACGAACCUGGACCGCGGCUCGUGAGUCCUUGCUGGUUGCGGUGAAGCUAGCGCCACUAGAAAAGGAAGGAGGAGAAGAGAGAGAGAAACAUGAGCGUUUAGGUUUUCGCAUUCCUCUUUCUCUUGCAGUACAGCAGCAGACACGCAGAGGGUUUCUGCUCUUUAAUGGAUGAGGUUUGGGAGAGGGCUGUGGAAACGGCGCUCGACGGCCAAACCGAUUGCGCUUCUGCACGUUCCUUAACCCUGGAUGGCGCAGUGAAAUGCGUACAGGGCCGUCUGCCUCCUCCAAUCUUGCUAGAGAAAUUUGAGAACCUCGAGCACCUCUCCAUUGCAAACGUUGGUGUUUCUUCCCUAGAGAAGUUUCCUCGUCUUCGUCAUCUGCAGAAGCUUAUCCUCUCUGACAAUCGUAUUGCUGGCGGCCUUGAAUUUCUCGUUGAAGCCGGUCUGGAGUCGCUUCGGGACCUUGAUCUCUCUAACAAUCGAAUCCAAUUCCUGGAAGACCUGGCUCCACUUGCGCAGCUUAAGCUUGUCUCGCUCGAUCUCUAUGAGUGUCCUGUCACGCGGAUCAAAGAUUACCGAUCUAAGGUCUUUGGAUUGAUCAAAUCUCUAAAGUACUUGGACAAGAUGGAUGCCGAUGAGAAUGAGCGGCCAGAGUCUGAUGAGGAGGAGGAAGAUGAUGAAGAUGACGAAGAGGAUGAUCCUGGGAGUGGAGAAAUUGAUGGUGAAGAUCGGUCGGGGAAGAUGGGUAAUGGUGGCAGCGUUGGGGGUGGAAGAGUCCUUGUCGAUGUUGAUGAGGAUGAGGAGAGCGAUGCGGACGAAGAGGAGACAGAGAUAACCAGAGUCGCGAAUGGAUCGAUUUCGCAUCAUCAGUCUAAUGGCUAUCGGGUGGCGGCCUCAACAGACGGAGACGAGGAUGAGGAAGAUGUAGAAGACGAAGAAGAAGAAGAUUUGGGUGAGGAGAUUGAUGAAGACGAUGCUGAAGAUGAGGAUGUUGUCGAGGUUCAUGAGAUUGAGGACAGUGAUGAUGAGGAAGAUGGGGUCGAAGAGGAUGAUGGUGGUGAAGACGAGGAUGACGAAGAUGAGGUAGAGGACGAUGAGGAAGAUGCAGAGCCUGGAAUUACGGGGCGUCUGACUAGCACCGAAGGUGAGAUUGAUGGCCAUGAACAGGGAGAGGAAGACGAAAAUGGAGAGAUUGGGGAGGAGGAGCAGGGCGUUGAAGAAGGAGACUAUGAAGAAGAUGACGGUGACGAUGAGGUGAAAACUCUGCUUUUUCUUUCUCUACCUCUGCAAGAGGCUCUUUGUUUAUUUUAAUUUAUUUAUUUUUCCUUAGCAUGCGUCGCAAUUCUUUUAUGCUCACUGUGCUUUGGUUCUUGGUUACUGCAGAAUUUGUGUUGCCCCAAGGAUUUCUUUGUUAAAUAACUGGCGGCUUACUUAAUUUGUUGAAAGAGUUCCCUUUUGUUGGGGAUAGUUGAUAUGAGCCUCAUAAUAGUUGCCAAUGAUUUGUUACCUGGUGUUUCAUUGUCUGUUUUAACUCCAUUCAUUAGUAAAGAUUAGUACUUGCAUGCUUGUCACAGUUCUGUGUAUAUAUUGGUAUAGUAUUAUGCUGACAUUGGUAUAGAGGUGGAAGAUUGCUUGCUUCUAGUUUGAAUGGAAACCUAGCCUGCAGCAUAGGCACAGUAGCCAUAGCUUUAGCAUUAUGCAAGGAUGGCUCCUUAUCUUUUAGGAUGUGAGGGAGCUGUAGCCCCUCAAUUCUGGGCAUCGUCCAAUUUAUAGCUACUUCUUCCCUGAUAUAUCUUAUUACUGCUAUUCUUAAUAAAUAAUUAGUAAUUUGAUUUUCUUCUCUUACACACCUGGUCCACGAUUACAUAAACAAUAGCAAGAAGUAAGGUGCCUAUGCUGCCAGUGGAAAGCCUGAUGCUUUUGUGUAUAAUUGAUGGCAGUAAUUGGAAUUUUCAUACUCAAAACAGGAUGACAAGAUUUCAUACACACUUAAAAAAAUUGAGUUGUCUUUGUUAUCAAUGAAAGUAUUUCUCAUGACACUGCUAUUUUUUUAAUGUUUCUGUAGCUAGUGCUGUUUAGUUAGAAUAUGUACUUUUUACUUUAUUAUACCCCUUAUUUUUAUGUUGGGAUUAGUUAUUGUAAUUCCCCAGAUUUUAUUCCUUUUUUUGGUAGAUCCAUUGCUUUGAUUUUCAACCUGUAAUCCUUAUUCUAAUGUCCAUUAUAUGUCAUUGAUCUUUGAGAA